AUGACCAACAAUAGUAUCGGGCAAGAAUGCAUCAUCAAUGAAGAAGAGGUCAUGUCCAAUAUUGAUAAGCUUGUCAUAUUCCUGAAAAGAUUAAAGGUUACUCACUUGGUGAUUGAAAGAAAUCUCUUCCGAAAGAGUUUACUCCCGAACAAUAACGACACUCCAAACAAUACUCAUCAUACGAAGAAACAACUUACUCCAUCCAAUUAUCAUCACUCCUCACCUUCCGAGUCUGAAUUUCAUUUUCGUUAUUUCACGGGUAGCGAGUCUUUUAUUGAGUGGACGAAAACGGCAGUAUUGAAUCCUCUCUUCUUGAAAUGCUCGGAUUUAGAGACUCAUGUUCAGACCACUCAAACCCUGAUGCAGUCAAUCAAAGGGAAAACUAUGCCUACCAAUUCACGAAAAGGAGAGCUCAUUUCAGAAGUUUUGGUAUGCCUCGAAUUGCUGAGCUUGUUUUGGAUUAGGCUGAAGAAUGAUGAUCGUGAUACCAUUAAGAAUGUGGAUGCAUCCACAACAUCGUCGUCCAACAGUACUACUGGAAGCUGGUCCAGUCAUGAGCCGAAUUCUAUUUUAACUGCCUCUUCUUCAUAUGGAAUACCAGUAGCGAAUAGAGCAGUUUCAUUUUCGAGCGAACCUUACUGCAAAGCAGCUCAAGAAUUGCAACAGUCCUUACCAUCUCAAAUUAGAGAAUUUGAUACCCCUGGCGUGGGAUAUGACAACAAGGUGGAGAGGAAUGAGGAGACAUGCUCCGACCCUGGUAACAUGGCGAUUUGGAGUUUUUUGUGGUCGAAUCAUGACGACUUUAAACGACUUGCUAAUAAUACUGUAAAACAAGAGACACUUGUGCCGAGAAAUUGUGUAACCUCCAAUGGUGAUAAUCCAUUCACUGAUUACCAAAACGUGGUGACGUCUGGUGCAAACGAAUUAUUAAGAUGCUUUAAUAAUGUGCUUGACUCUAGUGAAGAACGAAUUCACUUCUUUGAUUGCCUUAUCUCGAUUCUUUCGCUCAAACAAUUGUAUUAUUAUUUUGCGUGUCACGACAAACAUGACUCAAACAAUGAAGCAAUACAUGAAUCCAUAUCACAAGAAGAGUGGAAGAUGAUUUUUCCAUUUCAAGAUAUAUCAUGGAUUCCAAAGAUGCAAGAAUUGAAUAUAAAAGAACAGAUCACCUUAUUGAAAACCAUUGUGAACCAAUUGUAUAAUACCCUAUUUCAAUGGUUUCAAAUGAAAGUGAACGAUUAUCUUGUUCAAAUGUUACAGUCAGUACGGGGAGGAUAUGAUGAAACACAGGGCAUUCCACCAGAAUUACUACUAGAAAAUCAAUAUCUACUUAUUGAGCUUGUGAAUAGUUAUCAAACUGAUGCAGAGAAAACCUUUGACAUGUCGGAUCAUCGACAAUCCUUGAUACACAAGAAUCAUCUAGAAAAAUUUCAAAAAUUUAGAGAACGAAAAAGACAACACAAAUCCAUGACGAACCUAAUGGUUGACAAGACAAGUGCUCUGAAUCCGCUAGAAGACACCUCAGAAAAUUCUCAACAGUUUAACCUUAUCAAAAUGACCAUGACUGAAAUGAUUAAGCAGUUAUUUGAAUCAAAAUUUGGCAACAUUUCCACUUUCACUAAUGAUUUUGCGUACAUGAGCCUCUUCGAAAAAUCUGCCCUGUCCUAUGUUUUUUGUCUCAACUCGAAUAUUCAUGACGAUUACAUAUAUAAACAGAGAAUUGUCAGCUAUUUACCUGAGAUUGUGGACUUUAAGAGACAAAUUCUAUCAGUCAUGUCUGAUGUUAAAUUGGAUGUUCAUGUGCUUGAUAAGGCAAUGAAUGAGUUUGGAGACCACACGAAUGACGUGCUGCUAAGUACCAACACCUCUCAACACGAAAUACCAACUGCAGACCCAUCCAUGGAGGUUAUAUCGCCAGAUAUAAUAAUAACUAACAUUCCUAUCCCAACUCCAAUCUCACCUCCUGAAAGCAAAAAGAAAAUUUUUACAAUUAAAAAAACGAAACAAAGAGAGCAGAGAGAGCUUGAGCUCCUACAAGAAGAAGUGGAUGAGUUGGAAAAGCAAAUUCAUGAAAGAAAAGAACUAAUUUCCAAAAUUGAAAACUUGAAACGUGAGAAGGGAAGUGAUCAAAGUACUUUAGCGCAACAAGUUGUUGAUUUGAAAGAAAUUUCAGUGCUCGAGAAGACAAUUGUGAAGGCUAGAUCGUGUCUCGCAUUAUGCAACGUGUAUCAUUGUGACUGGUAUCGAGACAAAAUUGUAGAGUAUCUUGAUGAAUUGAGAGAACUAGUUGAAACAUGUGAAAACCCUUCUGAUGUGAAAGAAGACAGCUUGGUUUUGAAACAUUUACAAGACCAUCUUGACGAACACUCCUACUACAUUGGCUUUCAGUUACCAUCAUUAUUCACCUCACUGCAAGAUAACACAUCAGCCACAAAUUGUGCAAACUUUAAGGGAUUUCAGCGAUUAUACAAAUAUAUGGACAUUAUAGAAAAUCAUGUGGAUAUAAUUCCUUUGUCUCCUCUCAAUGUAGCAGAGUGUUUAAAGCUUUGCACGAGAAAGCUCCAAUCUGAUUUGGAAAUUCUGACACAAGUGAGACAUUUUCGUUCCAUCACAUUGUACAAUAACCAUGAAAUUGGGUGUAGAGUUGUGAAAUGUAUUGAACUUUUGAGUCUUAAAUCACCAUAUAGAUCUCUCAUUUCAUUAUUGCUGAAUGAAUUUCAUACGUUUCAGGUUGCAAGUGAGUUGUUGAGACUAUCUUUGAAACAUUUUCAAGCGUUCAAAGAUUAUGUGUAUGCGCUGCUUCAUAUGAUUCAGUCUAUUGUUGAGAAAAUUACUGGCUCAUUAGACGAGCACGCAGAGAACAUUUUGUCGUCACAACAGGAUGUUCACGAAGCGUCGUCGUGCGAUAGAAAAGAAUUGGACUCGAUUGCCUCUUCGCUUUCCAAUGCAUCAUUUACGUUCAGCUUAAUAUUCGCAUUUAAUAUGUCUUAUUCUGAACUCCAUUGGAAUGAAACUACAGUGUUUGAUAUUUUGAGCUUGUCCGUUUCAAGAGACAGCUAUGGUGAUACAGUCACAAGCGCUCAUACUACUCUCAAUCUACCCAUUGCUCGCACUGCCCUUUGUCUGUUGAGACUCCUUCUUCACAACAAUUACAUCUUCGACAUUUUAAAUUCUUGCAACAGAAUUGAAAGAUUAUUACCAGAAAAUUUAAUACAAGCUCUCAGAACAUGUAGCGAUAUUGAAUUGCAAAAUGAAGUAAUUCAGUUGAUAGAUCUAGGAGCCCGAAAAAUCGCUUACAAGAGUAGCAUUUCUCAAGACAUGACCAUGUGCGACUUGCCAAUUGCAGAGGAUGCUUCUCAAUUCAAUGAACAAGUUCUAGGAGAAAUUGUGAACCAAAAGAAUUGUUUCACAUUGUUUAACUAUAGAGACAUGUUUUUGGAUGAUCACGCACCACAAAUUCUCCUUCUCAUUCUUCAUAACCAUGUCAUGCAUUAUGUGGAUGGAAAUUUUGGAAAUGAUUUUUCACACAAGAAAAUGGUUUGCUUGUUGACUCAAUCAAUUUGUAAUGCUCUAUAUGCAUUGUUGACAGAAAACAGUUGUGAUGCCAUGUUAAACCUAUUUGAGAACGAAAGACUUCAAAAAACGAACAGUGCAGGUAGUUUGAGUAUGACGUCAGCAUCGGCGUUGUGGCAGCAUCGACCCAGUGUAGACAUGAUGUCACUCAACCAAUCCUUUGCUUCAAGCUUAUCAGAAAAUGGUAUGAAGAGAGAAAUUUAUAGCUGUUUGUUUUAUGUGUUGCUUCAAGCAUUGUUAAUAGAAAGAAGAUCCUCCAUUAUGGAAUGCAGUAGCAGUGAUGAACAAAACAAUACUGCUCCAUACAUUGAAUGUGAAUUAUUCAAAGUGUCAUGGCAUGCUUUUAUGGAUUUAAUGAGAUCAUCUGGAGAGUUUAGAAGAUGUGUCGAUCGACAAUUUGCAUCUGUUGCCUAUCUGCGAGAUUUAUCCUUUUUACAGCUCUUAUUGGGAACAUUUAAUCAUUCACACAUUAGAAUUCCCAUGACAAAGGAGAUACCAAACAUGAGUGAUGAAUGGCCCUUACUUGACAAGCAAGAUCAACUACUCAAGAUAGAACUGGAGAAAUAUGGGCCAGAUGUUUUACAGGAUUUGCAUUACAGUCGCCUUCAUUCGGAUGACCAUAUCGAUCAAUCACCCCACAUUUUAGAGUGCACGCCGUAUGAGUUGGCGAAGGAGGUGUUGCUUUUCAAGAGAAUUCAUGCACGAUACGAGUUUGAUACGAACAGCAACACUUCAAGUAUUAAUCCAUUUCACAAUGGUCAUGAUUCCGUUGGGCCCUCUCUCAUUGAAGCACUUUGUGAAAAAUACACAAGUGGUUUCUUUUCACACUAUGCCGAGCAGGGUCUCUUUGAAUGGAAUGAAGAAUUUUCAAGCGUUUUGGAACAUUCUCAAGAACAUGAAGAAGAGUUGUUGCAUUUGCAAUAUGCCCAACAGCGGCAACAAUGGUCACAGAAAAGUCCAAAAAGAUCCAACGAGAACAACAGAGGAGGAAUAUUCUCGCCAUUCCAACCAAGUCCACAACAACGUUCACCACUACCAUCUUCACAACAGACUCCAUCAAAAACACUCUCCCAUCAUUCAUCGGUGUCAGCAUUGCCAGGAAUUUCUCCAAUUAAGAAGAUGAUGACCACACAGUUUCCAUCCUCUCCUUCACUUCCCAGCAAGUCAUCUCCACCAACUCCUCAACGAUCGAUGAAGCCCAAAAAGUUAUUUUUCUAA